AUGUAUAAAGUAGUAAAUGUAAUGGCGCUGGUGCUCGGGGCGAAAUAUGAACAACGCUCGGCUGGAUUUAUCCUGGGCGCGGGCACUUUUGCGUGUAAUGACGCCAUGUGUUACACGAGGAUAUUCGUUGUUGCUGAACCCCUCCGAAGUGAAACAAAUAAAGCAAGCCCUAUGGGCUUUCGAGUGAAGCCCUUUUUUCAGAUGCAGCUCUCCGGCAUUGAUGAGCGCGGCUCAAAGGCGGCGAACGAUCCGACGGGUGCUCCGGCAAAGCCGGUCCACAAA